GAAAAUAAAGGAUCGCAGCAGAAGAUAUAGUUCUAAAUUCACCAGGAGCUGUUGAAGCAGAGAGGACGGCAGGCACCAUUUCCUACUGGUGUUGAUGAAGAUAUAUGUUGUAUAUGAGUAUUUAUUUUAUCUGACCUAGAACUGUCAAAAGGGUUUGGUAAACUCAGGACAACAUGGGGACCAAUAAUAACAAUGAAGCUGGAGGCAAUGGGGAAAGCAUGGAUGCCAGUGUUUCUGACACUCCAAUCCAAAACUUUUUCAAUGGAAGCUGUGUUCUUGUAACUGGUGCAACAGGUUUUGUGGGGAAGGCUCUCGUGGAGAAAUUGCUCCGCUCUUGCCUAGGUCUCAGAACCAUCUACGUACUCAUCCGUCCCAAAAGAGGGCUUAAUGUCCAAACAAGACAUACAGAAUUGUUAAAGAAUCCCGUGUUUGACCGAAUAAGAACAGAAUCUCCUGCCUUGUUCAGCAAGAUAGUUAGUUUGCAGGGUGAUGUGUCAGAAACAGACCUUGGACUCAAUGAGGAAGACAGACGCCGCGUAGUAACUGAAGUUAACAUUGUGUUCCACGCAGCUGCUACAGUCAGAUUUAAUGAGAGUCUUAAAUCUGCUGUGAUACUAAAUACCCUUGGAACUCAAAGGGCUAUUCAGUUGUGCAGAAACAUUCACAACCUUCAGGCGUUUGUUCAUGUGUCAACAGCAUACUCAAAUGCAGACAAAAGUGAGGUCAUGGAAAUUGUGUAUCCUCCACCAGCAGACCCUGAAUGUGUUAUACAGUGCUGCAGAACUCUGAGCGAUGAUGCAUUGAAUAUUAUGGCUCAGCAACUUCAAGGAAAACAUCCUAAUACAUACACUCUAUCAAAGGCAAUGGCAGAGUGGGUAGUUGCAGAACAAGCACAUGAUAUACCAGCAGCUAUUGUCAGACCAUCAAUAGUUACAGCAUCAUGGCGUGAACCAGUGCCAGGUUGGGUGGACAAUACUUGUGGCAUCACCGGUAUCAUGAUGGAGGUCUCACGUGGUACCAUUCGGAGCAUUAUAUGUGAUCAGGGCUUGAAUAUGGAUCUGAUCCCUGUAGAUCUUGUAGUAAAUACAUUAAUUGGAGUUGCCUGGCAUACAGCUACUUACAGAUCAAAUGCAGUCCGUGUAUACAAUUGCACUUCUGGAUCAGUGAAUCCCAUAAGCUGGAGAGAGUUUGGCGUUUUGACACACCGUCAUGCUUGUGAUACACCAACACAAUAUGUCAUGUGGUAUCCUGGCUUCACUUUCCGUACCAACUACUUCAUCCACAAAAUCUGUGAGUUGUUCUUCCACUUCUUGCCAGCAUUUUUGACUGACCUUCUUCUCAGACUGCAGGGAGCUAAACCAAUAAUGUUCAAGAUUGCCAAAAGAUUUCAGCUGGCAGCCAAGACUGGCGAGUUUUUUGCCCUUCAUGAAUGGAAAUUUCAUCGUGAGAAUGUGUGUAUGCUAAUGCGUGAUGCACAAGAUAAAGCAACAUUUGAUUUUGAUGUCUCACAAAUUAAUUGGGACCAGUACGUCAAACACUACAUGCUUGGGAUUCGCAGACAUGUACUGAAAGAUUCCAAUGACACAAUACCCAGUGCCAGAAAGAAACUGCAAAAACUGUAUUGGAUUCACCGCUUCACACAGUUCCUGACAAUAUUUAUCUUUCUGAAAAUAGUAAGACUCAGCUGAUGGAUACAAAUAAAUCAUCGCCUCCUACCAUCACACAUACCAAGUUGCCAUAUAUUUAUUCAGGAUAACCUUUUGUGUACUCAAAAUACCGCUACAUCUUGACUCCUCUGGAUAUUAAUCUAGCAGAUUCUUACAUGAAGUUGAUAAAGAAGCUGAAAUGUACAGGAAAUCAGAGAUCAAUUAGUUUCAGUUUCAUAUUAUACCAAGUGGACAUCUCCCGAGAAGAACAGAAUUUAGGAAAUCAAGCCAAAUUGUAGAUACUGUAAUCUUGCUUUCUCAUCUGUAUGGAAAUAAUGAUUGAUGAAUAGAUAUGGAUAAACACUGGGUGUCUGGGAAGGGCCCAAAAAAAUCUGCACAUGGAAAGAUAUUUAUUAUACAGAAGAAGUGAUAUAACAAUUCAGUAAAACAGAACUGUAAUGAAAUUUUGAGUUUUCUUUUGUCACCUACUAAGUUCCUAUGUGAGCAUCAUUAGUUGCUGGACACACACUGAAAAGUUAUUCAAUCUUGUACCCCGUGUUCACAAACAUAGCUUAAGCCAAUGAUUUAAUUACCUCUGUUGUGCAAAGUUGCUGAUUUCAAGCAUCAGCGAUCUUCUCCUGUAGACUAUAUUUUUGACAUAGCCCAGAGGAUAGUUAAAUGGUAUUAGGUCUGAUGAUCUCACGGGGCAUGAGCAGAAACCGCCUCUUCAAAUCCCCUUGGACGGAAAGCAUUUACAAUAAAAACUGAUGGAGAAUAUUUCCAAAAUGUGGCGGCACCAAUUCUCCUGUGUUGUACUUUCCUAACACGUUUGGAAAUGGAUGACUUUCCACAGUCACUUGCUGAAAGAGACAAAAGUCCAAUCAUGCCACACCACAUGUUAAGUUUUGGCGUGUCUCUCUGAUAUUUGAUACUUUCAUGAGGUGGCUGACUAAUCAAUUUCUACAGAUAUCCCUGUUCACAGUACCUUUAAAAUGGAGUGUUGUUUCAUCAGAAAAACACAGAGUCCAGGAUAAUCCCAUUAUUUUCAAAUUUCUGCAGCAUUUCUUCACAAAAGUAUCUUUCUACAGCCCCAAUCGGUUAGUUUGUUGUGCUGUUGAAACUUCAAUUUAUGAACACAUGAAAGUAAAGAUUUAUGCGCAAUGUCAUGAACUGAGGAAUAUGCACUUCUUUUAUUGGUAUGCUAAUCGACGUGUGUGGGCCACGCAGGAACAUUGUCUAAUGUGCUCAUAUUCGAUGGAUGUCCUUCGAUAUCCUGGAAAUUUCUGAUUUUCAACAUUUUCAGAUUCUUGAGAGAUCUAUCCUACUCCUUCAUGGAAUUUUGGCUUGGUGCUGAACCUCCACAUACAAAUGGAAACUUCAUUGAAAAUGUGUAGUAUAUUUCAAAUCUGCAUACCACAAAACAUGACCCGUCUUUUUCUAAAUUGUGGCCAUUUCUACUAGUGAUUCAAUGGAAUGACUCAUGCAUGAGAAUUGAUACCAACAUAAACCAAGCUUGGAACUUAAGCUAAUGGAUGGGGAUUUCAUUUCGCCUAUAUAAUAAAUACUCUUCCCAAUACUAGUUUUAACACCUUUCUUAGACCUUCUGUAUUUGAGCACUUCUCUUCCCCUUCACUCCAUAGAAGAGCCAUAUGGCCUGCAAGAACACCAACAUAAGUUGUCGAUGGUUUCAGACUGCAUUCAUCUAUUUUUCUUUCUUAAACUUCCAGCUAAUUUUUGUCAUUUCAUUUUCCAGUCUCUUCAUGGUAUGUUUUAUCUUCUGUUGCCUUCAUAAUUCUAUCAGGAUUCUCUGCAAUCCUGACUGUUGAGCACAUGCCCAGUUUACUGCACCACACACUGAUACAGUCAGUCUCAUAAGGUUUUAUUAGUCACACUGUAUUACUAUUUAAUACUAAGUUGUUCAUAGGUGAUCAUGAAAAAAAUUAAAAUUUAUAAUUAUGGUUCUGAAUUCCUUUCCACAGUAGUGAAUUUCCUAUAUGGUGAAAUAAAUAAGCUUCCAGGGAAAGCCUUGGACUAGGUAAAUUGUUAUAGAAUCCUCUAUUGAAUUGUUACCACACUUAUGAAUAUAUUAUUCACCAGAGAGAGAAGUGUUCACAAAUUUACUCAAUAUACUAUCCAAACUUAUUGAUCAUAAUCUUCUAUGCAAAGCAACAUGAAAUUAAAUGCUGACUGAAUAGUAUGAUGAGCCAUCACGCCGGUAUGUGAACACUGACCUCCAAUAUUUAUAGCUUAAAGUCAUCAAGAUUUUGUGGCUUUGUUGAACAAACAUGAUUCUUUACUAUCCCCAUUACCAAAAACUGCAAGGAGUUAGGUUGGGCAGCCAGAAAGCCACAUCCAUUGACACCUAAUCAGUACUGAAAAGUGGGGUUGUAUGUUAUCUCACUGAUUGUAGCCCAAAUGAUGAACACUCAGCAGGAUAUUUUUCUCAGAAAACUUCUCAAGCACUCAUAUGUAUGACAUGCCACUACUAAAUGUUACAUUCUCGAAAGGGAGAGGACGACAAUUCCAAAUUUUGCAACUUCAUAUCAGACAUUUGUAUUUGGUGAAUCUUUUCCAGAAUCACUGAUCUUAUGUAGGCUUUUGGUGCAGGUCCUGUGUCACUAAUCCAAUUAUGAACCUUUCGUGUAUCUAUCAAAUUGCUGGCUGAUCUGAGUAUCUGCAACAAAGUGAUCUUGAAUUAUUUCCAUCACCCUUGAUGGCCACUGAAACCCUUUCACCAAUGGCGGAAUUUUUUCGUUUUUGAAUACUGCACCAGUAAAAUAUCUUCAAAAAUGCUUCUCUCUUUCAAUGAAUAAUAUUUUCUUAAAAGUGAUAAUUUAUUGGAGAAUCCUGCAUUUUACAGUUUAUAAGAAUUUAUACCCUCACAAAUGCCACCCUGUAUUAGUAUCUCUUACUUCAAUAUAACUGAAAACAGCUGCUGUCAAGAACAACAAAAUGUCACAAACUUUCACUUACAAGUAGCAGUAUUAUUUUUGGGAAAACUAUGUGUCUUAUAUACUGAAAAAUAUGUACAUAUAGCAGUUUGUUACUUUCAAAUUACUUACUAUUAAUAGUACAUUAUUACUGUGCCUAGAAUUUUAGUUGUAAGGCAUGCUCUUCAGUUUACUGCUAAACAUAUUUUUUAUUGUUAUUUAUGCUUUCCCUAUCUAACAAAUUGGACCUAAUAUCUUAAUGCAAAAGUGCUGGUAUUAGGCUACUAUAUAUCUCUCUUGAUUUCCUUUCUCUCUCCUAUGAGUGUAUGAAUGUAGGAAUGAAGUGGGGAUAACAAUUUACAAGUAACAGGUUCAGUAAAUACUAUUACAUUCCUCCUGUUUCACUGAUAAAUGCCAAAUAUGGAACAAUCUAAUCUUGGCAGAGGAUUAUUUUACAAGAUUCUAUAUGAAGUUAACGAAAUUGACUUUUGUGACAUUCUAUGUGCUGAAAAAUGUGAAAAAAAAAAUGUUUCUGUGCUUAAUUAAGCACCACAGCAUGAAAUGAGGGGAAUGGAGGUACCGAUCCACAUAUUCUUAAUUGUGACAUCAGGUGAAGGUGAGUGAUCAGUUUCAUAGCCUGGCCACUUUAUUCCUAUGGAAAGUACAUUGGUGCCUAGUCAACUGAAUGUCAGGUGGCUUCCAAAGCUACUCUGGACAUGACAGCAAAAA